CCUCUUUCUUUGGGGACGGCUUUGUGGAGAUGCCGCUGGCGGAUGCCUCGCAGGCGGGGGCCGCCGGCCAGCCCGACCACCUCCUGCUCCAGCUGCGAGCCGGCAGCCUGCAGGCCAGGCUGCAGCUGGGCUCAGAGGAGGUGACGCUGCAGUCCCCAGCAGAGCUGCAGCUCAAUAACCUGGCGGUGCACGACGUGGAGCUGCUGGUGGAAGAUGGCAGAAUGAUGCUGACCAUCGACGGCCUCUUCAACAGCUCCGUGGACAUCACAGGGCCCGUACAGGAGCUGGACAUCCAGUACGGCCUCUAUGCCGGUGGGACAGGCAGUCUUGACCUGCCGUACCUCGCCGAGGCCAGCUCACCCUUCAGAGGUUGCCUCCACUUAGUGACAUUCAAUGGCCUGGAUGUCCUCUCCCCUCUGUCCUCUGACGGCAGCUCCAAGAUCUUCCACCGGGUCCAGGAAGGGUGCAGCACACAGUUCUCUGCUGAGCCCGAGGAACCCUUCGGGUUCCUGGGACCACACUCCUACAUUGCAUUUCCCACGUGGGACGCGAGGGAGGAAGCAACCAUUGAGUUUGUGAUAACGACGAGCAUCACCCAGGCACCCCUCAUCUACCACGCAGGGCUGGAGAAUGAUUUCUUCUACCUGGAGAUCUCCAAUGGGCGCCUGAGGGGGUUUGUUGAGAAGGGGAACGGCAUCAUCGUCCUGCACAACAACGUCUUCAUCAGCGAUGAGCAGCAGCACUAUGUCAAAGUCUACACAGACAUCCACAAGUUUGAGAUCCUGAUCGAUUACUACGCCUCAUCCACAUCCAACCGGGGCAUCAACAACUACCUGGACCUUCAGGGAAACCUCUUCAUCGGGGGUAUGAACAAAAAGGCUUUGCAAAGGCUGAGGGAGCAUCAUCUUGCUUUCAUCUCUGUGUGGACCAUGACCAACAACUCGUUUGUUGGCUGCUUGGAGGACCUGCGGAUAAACCUGCAGAAGAGGAGUCUGCAAGAUGCUGUGGUCACCAAGGACAUCACACCAGGCUGUGGAAAGCAGGAGCACUACUGGGACUAUGAUGAGGCAUACGAGCAGGAUGAGGCACCCACCUCCCCGCCUCCGGAUGUCUGGUCAGGAGCACCGGGCCUGGUGGUGGAACCCUGCCAGCCAGACAACAGCUUCCCACCCGCCUUCGCCAACAUCAGCAGGCUGCUGCACGUCAGCCCCCUCAUCGUCUCUGAAGGGGGCACGGCCUAUCUGGAGUGGAAACACGCCCAGCCAACGGUAGACUUGAGCCUUGCAAACAUACGGCAGUCCCAAGUCCUCUUUAGCAUCACCAAUGACCCUAGGCACGGCCAGCUGGAGCUGGAUAUUCCUGGGUCCAGGAGCAGAAGGAAGUUCACCUUGCUGGACAUUGUGAAUCGGAAAGUCAGAUAUGUCCACGAUGGUUCCGAGGGACCCAUGGAUCAGCUGAUGCUGGAGGUGACAGUAACUGCCCAGCAAGGGAUCCCCGAGUGCUUGCGGCAGGGGCAGAUGUACCUGCUGCCCAUCAUGAUCAACCCCAUCAACGAUGCCCCGCAGGUGAUCUUUCCCCAUGGGAACCACAUGACAAUCCUGAAGCACACGCGGAAGCACCUGACCACGGACAUCCUGCAGGUUCUAGAUGACGACACAUCCUGUGAUGACCUCGAAUUCCAGCUGCAUGGUGGCCAGCAGAUGGAGGAAGGUUACAUGGAAUAUGACUUCCAGCCUGGAGUGCCCAUCGAAGAGUUCUCCUGUCGGGACCUGGAAGCAGGCAACAUAGUCUACGUGCACCAGAGCGGGACAAACUUACAGCUCACCUUGCAGGUGAGCGACGGCACAGUCCCAAGCCCCGUUGCCACCCUGAGGAUCCUCGCCAUUGACCCUGACAUCCGCCUGCACAAUAACACCGGCCUCUCCAUCUCCCAAGGAGGGGCUGCACGCAUUACCACAGCCAACCUGUCAGUGGAGACAAACGCCGUGAAACAACGGGUUGCCAUCCUCUAUGUCCUCACGGAGCCCCUAAGGUAUGGUGAGGUCCAGAAGCAAGGGAGCAUGGGAGGGGAAUGGAAAAAAGUCGAGUCCUUCCACCAGCAAGACCUGGAGCAAGGGCGCAUCCAGUAUUUCAGCACAGACACAGAGCACCGGCUAGAAGAUGUCGUGGAGAAGCUGAGAUUUGAAGUCCAGGUGGGGCAGAAGGUCUUGCCAAACAACACCUUUCUCAUAAGGAUUAAAAGAGCCACCAUUAAGAUGAGGACCAUGGUCCCCCUCCAGAUGAAGAACAAGCGGCACAGAAAUAUCACCAGUAAGGAGCUGGAGGCAAUGCUGGAAGAUCCAAACUCUGCCCCAGUCCCCUUCCACUAUGUGAUAAUCCAGGCCCCCAAAAAGGGAAACUUGGAGCUGCUCGGCAACAGGCUGACUGAAGGCUUUGGAUUUACCCAAGACGACCUGCAACGAAACCAUCUGAGCUACAGCGCAACCAUCAGGAACUCCCAGCAAGCCGAGGACACCUUCCAGUUUCGUGUCCGUGCUGGUGAGCAGCACUCUCCCGUCUACACCUACACAAUCAGCAUUGGUGGGGACCCCGACGCGCCAGCCCUGACCAACGUCCUCCUGAUCGUGCCGGAAGGGGGGCAAGCCGUCAUCUCCAAGGACCACUUGUUUGUACAGAGCAUGAACAGCAUGGACUACAUCUAUGAAGUGAUUGAGGGGCCAGCACAUGGGAGGUUGGCCUGGGCUGCGUCCCAUGCCUGGGCCUCCAGAGGGGAGAUCACGGAGUUCACCAAUGAUGACAUCCUCCACCGCCGGCUGCUGUACCAGCACGAUGACUCUGAGACACUGGAGGACGACAUCCCCUUCGUAGCAAUCAGGCAGGGCGAGGGCAGCGCUGAGUCCGAUGUGGAGGAGGUGAGGGGUGUUUUCAGGGUCUCCAUCCAACCCGUCAAUGACCACACCCCGGUCCAAGUAGUCAACAAGGUGUUCAACGUGGUGCGCAAUGGGCAGCACCUGCUGACAACAGAUGACAUUGCCUUCACCGACAAGGACUCUGGCUUCUCUGACACACAGCUGGUGCUGGCAAGGAAGGACAUUUUGUUUGGCAGCAUCGUGUCCGUCGAUGACAGAAGCCACCAGGUCUAUCGGUUCACACAGGAUGACCUGAGGAAGAAGAAAAUCCUUUUUGUCCAUUCGGGGGCUGACCGGGGCUGGAUCCAGCUACAGGUCUCAGAUGGCCUCCACCAAACCACAGCCCUCCUGGAAGUACAGGCAUCAGACCCCUACAUCAAAAUAGUCAACAACACCGGUCUAGUCAUCCACCAAGGGAGCCGAGGGAGAAUUGACUCUUCUGUCCUCAGCCUGGAGACCAACAUGGACAUCAGGUCAGAUGAAGAGAUACGGUUCCUGAUAACAACCCCCCCAAGGUGGGGGACUGUGCUGAGAGGGGAGCAGCCAGUCAUGGCCUUCUCCCAGAGGGACCUGCUAGCAGGAGAGAUCUCCUACCACCACAACGGGAGCAGGAACACUCGGGAUGAGCUCCAGUUCACCGUAGAAGCAAAUGAGGUGGUGGUGGAGGACACGCUGGCCAUCAGCGUGUUCUUGGACACCCAUCCCAGCCCCCUGCGCAUAGUCAACCACAAGGAGAUGCAUGUCUUCCAGGGGGAAGCAGCUGGGAUCAAGGAGGAGUACCUACUGGUGGCCCAUGAAGAGAUCCCUCCCCAGGACAUAGUCUACCUGGUGAGCAGCCCCCCAGCCUCUGGCUUUCUGGCAAUGCUUCAACAUGGCCAAGACCCGAACGAGCAGCCCAGCCUGGACCCCAUCCAGUCCUUCACUCAGGAGGACAUCAACAACGACAGAGUCCUCUACCUCCACUCCAAACCAGAGGAGGACCAUGACCAGUUUGUCGUGGACAUCACGGCCAGCGGUGCAGACCCGCUGGAGGGGGUGGUGGUGAGCCUGGCCGUGCUCCCCAUCACCAUCCCCCUGGAUGUCCGCAACAUCACGGUGCCAGGAGGUGGCUCUGCUACGCUCUCCACGGGCAUCCUCAACAUCCCCAACGCCCACUACACGGCUCUCGGCGUGGAGUUCAGGGUGCUCGAGCCCCCCCGGUUCGGCACCCUCCUGAACAGCGAGCGGCCUGAGGACGGCGGGCUGCACAGCUUCACCUGGAGCGAG